AUUGAAAAUGAGCCUCGAAGAAGUCACCCGCAAUUGCUUGGACCGAAUGUCUGACGAACAAGUUGACCAACUAUACGCGUACUCACAAGAGAUUAUCAAUAGGAUGCUAAAUUACAGGGACUUUAAUAAGAAACUAGAGGAGACUGAUUGUGUUCAGAUGGAAAACUCUGAAUUUGACCUUCAAAAGUUAUUCAAUGAUGUGCAUCAGAUUACAACUGAGAAUAUUGACCAAAGUCUUGCAAGAAAUAAUGAAACUGUUAACCAAAUGAGAGAGGAGUGUUUAGAUAAGAUCCUUCAGUAAUUUAUUGCUAAUUUUUGAUAUAAUAGUUGCUUAUCUUUACUAAAGUUAUCAAACUCUGUGCUGACAAAAAUAUCAAUAAGUUUGUUAAAUUAUCUUGACUCUCAACCUCCAUCUGAAGGAGGAGAUCAAGUAGUUUCAGAAAUUUGCGCAAUUUGCUCUCAAAGUAGUAGAUUUUAGUUAAAUUUAAAUAUUUCA